AUGCUCUCCGAUUCUAUUUCAGACAUCAACUUCUAUCAGGAGGAAUCGGAAGAUACUCCGGAAGACAGAUAUGGAUUGGAAGGUGGAAAUUGUGGAGAAUCUUUCUGUUCAGAUGACAACCUUACGGCACUUCAGAAACUGGAAAAAUAUAUGGAUAGCGACAAUGCAUUCAGCCGGCAGUUGCUAGCAAGAGGAAUUCUAGAAACUUUACGUGCGGCUGGCAGUGUUGAAGAGGACUGUAUUGCUGUCCUGCAGGCCAUGGUGCGCCUGUCAAGUGAUGUUGAACCAACUGUUCGCUCGGAUCUGGUAGAACAAGUUCCUCAUGUUGCAAUGUACUGUCAGGAAAACAGGAACUUCCUUCCAAAUGCUGUUGCCACUUACAUUCUUCCUCUUGUUGUGAAAUACCUCAGUGACAAUGAUAACCAGGUUAGGAAGACAAGUCAUGCUGCCCUGGUUGUACUUCUGGAACAGGAAUUAGUUGAAAGAGUUGAUGUUGAGGACCAGGUGGUACAGGUGUUAUUGGACCUUGCUGGUCCUGGCAGUCCUGAUGAAUUCCGUACAGAAGCUGCUGCAUUAAUGUGCAAGAUGGCACCCUUACUUGGCCGGGAAAUGACAGAAUGUCUGUUUCUUGCUCACUUCACGCAAAUGUGUAUUGACCCUUUGUUUCAUGUGCGACAGAUCUGUGCUUGUAACUUUGGUGAGAUGUGUGCAGUGGUUGGUGGUGAAAGUACUGAGUAUAAUCUUCUUGGUAGGUUCAGUUCAUUGUGUGAGGAUGGUGUAUGGGGGGUACGAAAGGGUUGUGCAGAGUCCUUUAUGGCUGUAGCGUCCGUGUGCUCUGUGGAAGUGAGGCGAAACAUGCUCACUUCAUUAUUUGUCAGCUUACUCUGUGAUAGAUCUCGAUGGGUGAGGAUGUCUGCCUUCCAGCAGCUGGGUCCAUUUAUCUCCACUUUCUCUUCUCCAAACAAUGAGUCUGGAUUGUAUGUCAGUGAAGAUGGUGUGUUGCAUGUCUCAAGAGAUCUUGCUGAAAGAAACCUAACUGAUGCUGAAAAAGAAGCGAAGCUGUCAUGUGAUAGAGCAGCAAACAACACUAAACAGACUAUGCCAAUGUCUGCAGAUCCUUCUUUGCAGGAGAUCAGCAAGACCUCUGAAUCAACAACCAGCUGCCAGACAGAAGCUGACAUUCUUUCAUCCUCCUCCUCCUCUUCAUCAUCCUGUGAUAUGACAACUGUAGAACAAAACUGUGAUAGCCCUCUUCCCCAAAGCAGUGAUCCUAUCCAAGAACAGAUGUCUCAACCCUCAGCUGCUAUCACCACCACCAUCACCACAGAUGACACUGUCUCAUCUCCAGAUUCUUUCAACACAUUUCAGUUUUGGAGGACUCCCUUGCCUGAACUCAACAUUGAGCUGGAUCUUCUGUCAAAGCAGUCGUUGGACCAAAGCAUGUUGCCUGGUAUUUCUUCUGACAGUUCUGCACUAAUCUACUCUCUCUCUUCAUCAAUGGACCAUCCCGAGUUAGGCAGUGGCACCCACUGUGUCUCUGAACAACUGUUGAGCAGUCUAGCUGAAAUGGAGCUUGGAAGCAUGUCUUCAGAUUUCCCUCCUAACUCGCAGUCAGUCAGUAGGGCUGAGGCUGAGCUCAGGGCUGCAAGAAUAAUCCACACAGCCAGCAUAAGUACAGUAUAUAAUCCCAGUGAGACUGUAUCUGAUAUUGGCAGCACCCACGUAUUUGGUCAUCACAUGAAUGAUUCAACAAAGAUCAUAGUCGGUGGCUUAAGUGAAUAUAUCAGUUCAAGUAAUAUUCCAGGCUAUGGCAGUGACAGCAGCAGCAGCAGUAUCCAUCAAAACUAUGACAGCAGCAGCACCACUAACCCUGACAAUCCGAUUAACAGAAUAACUGAACUUUGUGCACAACAGGAAAUAGUGCCUCCUAGAUUACUUGAAAAUUUUCUGACAAUGGUUGAUCCAGCAUUAUCUCAGUCUGUUGAUUCUGACAUAACUCGUCACUGUGCCUACAACUUUCCUGCGGUAGCCUAUACCCUUGGCCGGCAUAACUGGCAUUGCCUGAAAUCCCUUUUUGAGACCCUGGCUGCUGACAUGCAAGUGAGUUGGAAAGUUCGCCGAACCCUGGCAUUCUCCAUCCAUGAACUUGCUGUUAUUCUUGGUGAGGACAUAACUCACAAAGACCUUGUUCCAGUUUUUGAUGGAUUCCUCAAAGAUCUUGACGAAGUUCGAAUAGGUGUCUUAAAACAUCUUAUGGAAUUCCUAAAGCUGUUAAAGCCUUCUGUGAGGAAUGAAUACUUGCCAAAAGUCCAAAAUUUUCUGACAACUGAUAAUCAUAGAAACUGGCGUUUCCGUUUGGAAUUAGCUGAACAGUGUGAACCUCUGUGUAACUUAUUCCAUGCCCAAGAAAAUAGUGCAUUUUUAUUGCCAAUUGCUUUAGCCUUGUUAAAUGAUAAAGUUGCUGAGGUUCGACUUGCUGCUUGUUCAUUGGUGAGCACUCUGUUAAAACAGUUGCAUGAUUCCCAUGAACAAUACUACCAGAACAUGGUCAUGGAAGUGAUAAAUUGCUUUGCUGCAUCGCACAAAUGGGCGACUCGCCAAGUAUUUGCCCAAUUGUGUUGGUCAAUAUUGGAAGACAAGAGCAUUCCAGCCGAGAGAUUUGCUAGAGAUUUUUUACCAAGUUUGCUCAACUUAGCCAAUGAUGUGAUUCCAAAUGUCAGGAUCACUUCCAGCAAGACGUUAUCCCAAUGUGUUCUAUCUGUAGAUUAUUUUGUAUCUCCCCAAAAUCCAUAUUAUGAGAAACUUGUUGAAACCAUGCUUAAAUUACAAGUAGACAAAGACAAAGACGUUCGUUACUUCUCUGCUAUGGCACCCAACAAAUUCCAAAAGGACAGUCAGGAUGAAAAUGACUGCCAAGAUACAGUGCCUUUCCAUCAGGAUAACUUGGAGGGGUUUAGGAACCCCAAUUCUCUCCUCUCUCUCUCUUCCCAAAAUAUUAGACAUGUAUUUGCAGAAAUCCUACUUCAACAGAAUUUAGUAUGCUGCAUUAAAUAUUUUAUUGAAUUUUCCUUUUCUUGUCUUCUUUGUGUCUCUCUCUCCCUCCCCCUGUGCGUGCGUGCGUCUCUCUCUCUCUCCCUCCCCCUGUGCGUGCGUGUCUCUCUCUCCCCCCCCCCUCUCUUCCUCCUGCGUGCGUCUCUCUCUCUCUCCCUCCCCCUGUGCACUGUCUCUCUCUCUCCCUCCCUCCCCCUUGUGCGUGCUCUCUCUCUCUCUCCCCCUUCCCCUCUCCCCUCUCUCUCUCUCUCUCUCUCUCUCCCCCUGCUCUCUCUCUCUCUCUCUCUCCCCCUCUGUGCGUGUCUCUCCAUCUCUCUCUCCCCUCUCUCCCUCCCCCACGGCGUUCUCUCUCUCUCUCUCCCCUCUCCUUGUGCGUGUCUCUCUCUCUCUCUCCCCCCCCUUUGCCUUUCUCUCUCUCUCUCUCUCCCCCUCUUUGCGUGUCAUACUCUCUCCUCUCUCUCUCCCCUUGUGCGUCUCUCUCUCUCUCUCCUCUCUCCCCUCCCUGUGCGUAUCUCUCUCUCUCUCUCCCCCCUAUGUUGUUCCUUCUCUCUCUCUCUAGCUCCCUCCCUGUGA